GCUGUUCGAUCAGAUGUUUCAACCAGCAAUCGUCGCAUCGCAGUUGGCUUCUGCUCGGUAGUUCGUACUCCAUCUUCGAUGGUUGAAAACGUGCAAAUGUCAGUGAUACAGUACCUUCCCGUUGAGGUGCUCUGCUGCAUAUUCGACAAGCUCACCGUUGCGGAACGGCGACAUCUGCACCUGGUAUGCAGCCACUGGUACCGGAUCCUAGUCAGGAAGCAUUUUUUAUUGAAGCGCCAGCUGAAAGUGAGCUCCGACAAUGUCGAACUCCUUGCGUAUGAUAGUGAGGAGUGGGCCAAAUUUCCUUGCGUCAGCAUUCGUGAUGACGAAUCUAGUCCAAAAUCUGCGCGAAGAAAGAACUUUCUCAGCUUGCUUCGCAAGGCAAUAUUCGGGCGACUGGUUCUAAGUCACAUAGAAGAAUUAACAGUCGAGAAUAUUCAAAGUGAUUUACUGUUUGAAUUAUUUGGUGAAUCGUGUGGCCAAUGUCGUUUCCCUAGUCUUAACUAUUUGAUCGUUAGUUGCUGUGAGCUUAAUAACUUACCUAGAAAUCGCGCGUGGUAUUUUCCAAAUUGUUUGACGCGGUUAGCGAUAGUAUUAGGGAAUGGAAAUGAGUUAGCCUUAGUAGAAACUGUCGCUGGUCAGCUAGAGGAGCUACUUCUGGAAUCAACCAAGCUGGACUUGCUAUUGCAGUGCUGCAAUUUGCCGGGAUUUGUGAAGUUGCGAAUGUUGAAGCUGAGAUCGGAUACAUUUUUUCCGGAACGGUUCUCCAAUGCAUUCGAGAUCGGUGAUAACUUUGUUAGGACGCUGAGUCAGCUGAAGAAUCUCGCUAUCGGUUUUCGCCACAACGAUUUUCAGCUGGGUUAUGCUCCGCUCUUGCAGCACUGCCACAGUCUUGAGGCGCUCUCAAUCCUAGGCACGGAUCUGUGCGUUGCGGCGUGCAAUGCUAUCGGCCGAUUGCAAGGACUGCGGAAACUCGAACUAUUGGUUCGCAUCGAAAAAUCCAGCAAUCUGAUUUCAUGGAACUUCCAGAAUUUGGUCAGCCUUCACACGUACGUGUGGAACCUAGCCCCGCUAGGAAAUGACCUGCCAUCACUGAAAGUGAUUCGAAUUUCCAACUAUACCGUCCGAGAGGGUCGAUUUAGCGUGCGACCUGUGGAGCAAAUCUAUUUGCAGCGAUACUUCAGCCACUUCGGAACGAUCGUGAAGCUGUUUUUGUACGACAUAUACCUCGAGGAAAAUCUUCUGCUACAAUUCCCAAAAAUGCAAACCCGGGAGAUUAUCCUGCGCUGUGUUCGAACGAGUUCCCUCGUCCUGGACAUCAUCUACGAGCGGGCACCGGCGAUCUUCUACCUAUACUUUUGGGACUGCUGCUUUCUCGUCAGCCCGCGGGCCAAAAUUCCAUCCUUCGGCGAGCUGUCCCGUCUGCUGCCGCACGUCCACAUCUCGCAUUCCAGUAGCAAGAUCAUCGCCGUGGAUUACACCCAGAUACUCUCCUGAUGAAGAAAUAUACGCAUAUAUUUCACUAUCCGCCUGCGGGUGUCCACAGCACUGUGCCGACCGCUCUGGAGAUUGAUCGAUUCUGGUUGAUACCGCCCGCCAUCGGCAGCAGUAGCAGCCGCCGCGAACAGGCGGAAAAAGUGUACAGUUAUUCGUGUGAAAAGACUUUCAAACCCUUUCGUAUUGACCUAGCUGUCCUGACUGCCAAAAUUUACGAUCACGCUACUCCGUCCGGAGCACUGAGGAAGGCUAGCCGGCAGCAUUAUUGAGAAAUUAGAAAAUCAAUCAAGCCCUCGAAGGCGUUUUGCAUUUGAUGGGAGCUAAUUUAAAUAUUUAUUAGGAUCGCUGCCAAAAGGGUGCUGCCGUUAGUCGGGGUAUUUUAUUUGCGUGCUACCAGUUGCGCGAGACAGAGCAGUGAAUCCAAAUUGAUUUAGAAAAUAGAAAUAAAUCCUGAAGCCAAUACGGGUUUUCUCGUACAGUAUAACACCAAUACCGACUAAUUUCUACUAGCAACACUGAUUUAAAAACCUGAGCGCAGUUUUUUUUAUCUUCUAUCAAACACUCAUAAAAAGUUUUCUCGAAGGUAGAUCAGUCUGUGGUUUUAAAUUUAAAGGCAGAAACGGAGCUUCCAAGUUACGCACGCUAGUCUUGAAGGUUCGAUCUUCUCAUUUUUUUGCGAACAACUAUAAUUCUAAAAUAGCUCCUUCGGCUCCUCAGAUUUCGUGAUUGAUAUGCAUACAACUUUUUGCAGGUUAGGUUAUAUUCGAUUGCUCAGGGCAAGCCCAAUAUUUAAUAAAAUGAUUCCACGAUUCCUCGAGUUUGAUCUGCCAAAUCUCAAUUCAGGUUUUGAGCAUAAGUCAAA